AUGGCGACGGCUAAACAGGACGACUAUCUUUUGGUGGCAGCAAUAGACUUCGGCACAACAUAUUCUGGAUAUGCCUUUUCAACAAGGAACGAUUUCACAAGAGAUCCUACAAAGGCAUAUCUAAAGCAGUGGGUGGACCCUUCGAGUACAAUGAUGUACAACAAGACGUCAACAUGCAUUCUUUUCACCAAAGAAAAGAAAUUUAGCAAAUUUGGCUUUGAGGCUGAAGCAAAAUACCUUGAUCUGAUUAUUGACGAUGAAUAUAGAGACUGGUAUUUUUUCAAAAGAUUUAAGAUGUCACUUUACACAUUAAAGUCCAGCGAUCAAAACCUGGUUAUUGAGGAUGAAACUGGAAAAUCCAUGCCAGCUUUGACAGUCUUUUCUGAGUCAAUUAAAUAUCUGAAGGAUUCUUUAGUAGAUGAGUGCCAGAAGCGGCACACAAGUCUUAAAUUAAACGAAAUCAAAUGGAUUGUUACGGUGCCUGCUAUUUGGUCAGACCCGGCCAAAACCUUAAUGCGUUCUGCGGCAAUUACGGUAUCGAUUGACUCAGAAAUGCUUACCAUAGCUCUGGAACCAGAAGCCGCAGCAUUGUUUGUGAAACAUUUACCUGUGGAGAAGAAAAUUGAUGGCAAAGAGGGAGAAAGUUUUCAAACAUUUGCUCCUGGAUCAAAAUAUAUUGUUGUGGACGCGGGAGGAGGGACGAUUGACAUAACCGCUCAUGAAGUGCUUGAGGAUGGCACUGUAAAAGAACUUCUGAAGGCCACUGGUGGAAACUGGGGAGGCGUCGCUGUUGACGAAAGCUACAUGAAGUUGAUAAAGUGCCUCAUUGGUGAUGAAGUCACGAAAAAAAUUGAAAAAGAUCCACCAAGCAUUUUCUUUGAAAUAUGCAGAGAUUUCGAAAUCGCCAAACGCACAAUAAAACCCGACUCGGACAUGAAAUUUACUGCGAGGAUCCCAUCAGGACUUGCCGAAGAAUAUGCAAAUGUCAAUGUUGGAAAAAGCAUGAAAACUCUAAAAUCUGUUCAAAUAAAAAGUAAUCAUGUGGUAGAAGUUUCAUUUACAGGUGACAAAAUAAGAUUGGCGUCAAAAAAUGCAGAAGAAUUUUUCGCUGAUUCCAUAUAUAAGAUAUCCGAACAUCUUUCAGAAUUAUUCAAACACGAAUCAGGGAGAGAGAUAACCACAAUAAUUUUGGUCGGUGGAUAUGCCGAAUCUCCUGUCCUUAUCAAUGCAAUUAAAGCGGAAUUCUCUCACAUGCGUAUUAUCAUACCACAAGAAGCAGCCUGGUCUGUAUUGCGUGGAGCAGUCAUCUUUGGACAUGACCCCCGUAUCAUCAAGCAGCGAAGAAGCAAGUUUUCCUAUGGUAUUAAAGUAUGAGAAAAUUUUAACCCUACCAAACACGAUGAAAAAUAUAAA